AUGUUAAAAGACAGACAAGGCUACGCAAAUGUUUCACUGAAUUACCUCAUCUUAUUGCUCUAUGAACGAAGCCCAAGAGUGUCAUUUUCUGGGUACAGCAUUCCCCAUCCUUCAGAUAACCGUGUUAAUAUCAGAGUCCAGACAACAGGGGAUCCAGCACGCGAGGUAUUAACAGAUGCAUGUCAAGAUCUGAUGCUUAUGUGCCAGCAUGUUAGGAGCACUUUUGAUAAAGCAGUCAGUGAUUUUAAAAUCAGCAAGGCUGGGAAGGAUAAAAUGGAUGUCGAGUAG